AAUCCCAGAUUCCUCUCCGCAAGCACAAGAAACCGAAAUCAGCGAGAAGAAAAAAAAAAUCCCCAAUUUUCACGCAGUCUAGGGAUUCAAAAAUUCAACCCCGUCUCCUCAAAAUCCCCAAAUUCAAAACCUAAUUCCGCCAAUUCUCUCGCCAAUUAGGGCAUCGCUAUGUCUGUUCCCGCCAUCGCGCUCUACGCCGGCCCGCCGAGCUCUGUCUGCUCGUCGAUCGCCUCGUCGUCGUCCCACUGCUCUCCGGAUCACGAUCUGAACCCUAACCCUAGCUCAGCUCAGAAGCCGAUCGCCGGCGGGCUCUCCUGCUUGUUCUCGUCCUCUCCCUCGGUUCGCCACUCGAUCAGCAACAACGAGGAUCUCAAUUCUCUAUGGCACGAUCGGUCUGAGGAUCUCUCAAGCUCUUUCUCUUACUCUUCUUACUCUAGCUCCUUCAAAUGUCGUGAUCCGAGCCCCAUCUCGGUCUUCAAUGGGCCGGUUUCGUGUACUGGGUCGUCGAAGAGCUCGCCUUUGAUGAGAAUUCCGAGGGAUUGGAGGAAAGAUCGGAUAUUUAGUGGGUUUGUGAGGAAUGCUUUGGGAUCCUGUUUAGAUUUUAGUAAUUCCGUGGGUUUUGGAGGGGGAGUUGAUGUGGAGGAGUUGACGUUUGAUUUGGAUGAUGAGAGUUUGGUUGAUUUGGAUUGCGAGAAGUAUGCAAGGGAUUUUCUGUUGGGAGCGCAGUCGAGGCAUACCAUUUUCCAUGAGGAGCUUGUGGUCAAGGCAUUUUAUGAAGCUGAGAAAGCUCACAGGGGGCAGAUGAGAGCAAGCGGAGAUCCAUACUUGCUGCAUUGUGUGGAGACAGCGGAAUUGUUAGCAAAGAUUGGUGCUAAUGCUACAGUUGUGGCUGCAGGGCUUCUACAUGAUACUCUUGAUGAUUCUUUUAUGAAUUAUGAUUAUAUUUUCCGGAUGUUUGGAGCAGGUGUGGCUGAUCUGGUUGAAGGGGUUUCUAAGCUCAGUCAACUGAGCAAGUUGGCUCGUGAUAAUGACACUGCAAGCAAAACAGUGGAGGCUGAUCGAUUACACACUAUGUUUCUUGCUAUGGCAGAUGCCAGAGCAGUACUUAUCAAACUUGCUGACAGACUUCAUAACAUGAUGACCUUGGAAGCAUUAUCCCUUGACAAGCAGCAGAGAUUUGCAAAGGAGACUCUGGAGAUAUUUGCUCCUUUAGCGAAUAGAUUGGGGAUUUUUAGUUGGAAGGAGAAGCUAGAAAAUCUUUGCUUCAAGCAUCUUUAUCCAGAGCAGUAUAACGACCUAUCUUCCAAGCUUGUGAAUUCCUUUGAUGAAGCAUUGAUUUCGUCUGCUGUGGAAAAGUUUGAAAAGGCUCUCAAGGAUGAAGGUGUUUCUUAUCAUGUUCUAUCAGGGAGGCACAAGAGCUUGUAUAGUAUUUACUCCAAGAUGCUAAAGAAGAAACUUACAAUGGACGAGGUUCAUGACAUUCAUGGAUUACGUCUGAUCGUUGACAAAAAGGAGGAUUGUUACAAAGCACUGGAUGUUGUUCACCGUUUAUGGCCCCAAGUUUUUGGUAGGCUCAAGGAUUACAUAAUCCAUCCUAAAUUUAAUGGGUACCAGUCCAUACACACAGUUGUUAUGGGUGAAAAUACACUUCCAUUAGAAGUUCAAAUUCGAACAAAGGAGAUGCAUCUACAAGCAGAAUUUGGAUUUGCUGCUCACUGGAGGUAUAAGGAAGGUGAUUGCCAGCAUUCCUCGUUCGUGUUACAGAUGGUAGAAUGGGCUAGAUGGGUCGUGAAUUGGCAGUGUGAAGCUAUGAGCAAAGACCGGUCUCUCCCAGCAUACGACUCUGAUUCGGUUAGACCAAGAUGCCCUUUUCCAUCUCACUCUCCUGACUGCCCUUAUUCUUACAGUCGGCAAUGCGAUCAUGAUGGACCCAUCUUUGUCAUCCUGCUGGAGAAUGAGAAGAUGUCAGUACAGGAGUUCCCUGCUAACUCAACGAUAGUGGAUUUAUUAGAAAGAUCGGGAAGAGGAAGCACAAGGAGGAGCCUUUAUAAUUUCCCGGUAAAGGAGGAGCUUAGGCCAAGGCUAAACCAUAAACCAGUUGGAGACCCGAGCCAAACUCUCAAGAUGGGGGAUGUUGUGGAGCUUACACCCGCUAUACCUGAUAAAUCUCUGACAGAAUAUAGGGAAGAGAUCCAGCGGAUGUACGAGCAAGGCCUAGUUUCCACUGCCUAACCUUAUGUAGUUUAGUCAUUGUUCGAUUGUAUAUAUUAGGGAGGGGGAAAAAGUGUACAUAAAUUCUCAUAUCUCGGGGUGUGGAAGCAGUAUUCAAGCUGAAGGUCAAUGUGAGUUCAGUUCCAG